AUGAUCUCACCAACCACAGUUUCAUCCGUAAGGGUCAGAUCCCGUCCACCCACAUAUGUCUACAAGAGCUCAGAGAAGAUAGAUAGGGCAGUUGUCCAUGAAACGGCUUCCUCUUCUCCCCCCACAUUCUUCCAGAAAUACGAGAUAUCAAGGAAACUCUUCCACUCGGGAACGGGUCUCUUCACGGUGUGGUUGUACGCCUCAGGGUACAACCAGCGGCAGUUGGUGGUGCCUCUAGCAGUCAUGGCCACCAUGUGCUUUGCUCAGGAGUUUAUCCGCUUCCGUAACCCACAAUUCAACCAAUGGUUCCAGAAAACAUACGGGUUCAUGAUGCGAGACUCGGAGAAAUCCCAGUACAACGGGAUCUUGUUUUUCCUUGUCGGGGUGAUUCUCACUUCGGCAUUCUUGCCCAAGGACUUGGCGGUGAUGUGUAACUUUUUCCUCAGUUGGGCCGACACUUCUGCGCUGUUUUUCGGUCGUAUGUUUGGUCGGUAUACCCCCAAAGUGAGUGCAAAUAAGUCAAUUGCCGGGUGCUUGGCCAGUUUCGCUGUGGGAGUGUUCUCAUGCUAUCUUGUUUACGCGGUGCUUGUGCCACAAUUCGGACCUGAAGUGGACAAGCCCCACGAUAUCAUGUACUCGGUGAGCACCUCCAGGUUGAACUUGCACGUGUACGCGCUCCUUUGCGGAACCAUUGCCUCCUUUUCGGAAUGUGUAGACUUUUACAAAUUGGACGAUAACUUUACAAUCCCCGUCAUUAGCGGGGUGUCUUUAUACGCUUUAGUUUGGUUCUUUCAAUAA